AUGACGGAGGGGGUUCAAACAAUUACUUUUAAGGGGAGCGUGGCGACUGUCACGGAGUUCCUGGGCUUUGCAAUCUACAGCAUCCUGCACCAGCGGGGGGUGUACCCGCAGGAGGACUUCAAGCAGGUGCAGCGCUACAACGUCCCGCUGAUGGUCUCAACGGAUAGCGACCUCAACGCCUACCUUACUGAGCUGCUGCAGCAGGUGGCGGGGUGGGUGGCGGCCGACAAGGUGCGCAAGUUGGUGAUGACCGUCGCGGACGGCGCUUACAACACGGUGGUGGAGCGGUGGGCCUUUGACAUCGUGGCGGAGCCCACCGGCGGAACGAGUGCAACUGCAAAGACGGAGGCGGAGCUCCAGCGUGAGAUCCAGGCAGUAAUGCGACAGAUCACCUCCUCAGUGUCGUACCUGCCAAUGUUGCCGGAGGGCUGCGUCUUUGACAUCCUUGUGUACACUGAGAUGGACGUGGAGUUUCCGUCCAACGCGUGGGAGAUUAGCGAGCCGCGCCUGAUUCCAGGCAGCAGCGAGGUCAGGCUGCGCACCUUUGCCACGAACUAUCACCGCGUGAACGCGUCCGUCACGUACAGAGAGGAUGCAGAAUAA